AUGAUGGAAGUCAAGAAUAGUGAGAAUAUAGCAUACUUGCAUGCGCUUCGCAAGGUAUUUUUGCAUCAUUUUGUGAAAGCUCGCACCACUCUUCCUCCAGGAAUCGAGGAUAUCGAAGAAAUGGGAAAGAAACUACCUCUCGUGCGCUAUCAUGGAGAUCUGCCAGAGAUGGCUGACCCUUGGUUUCCCUUUCUAUUCGCAGCUUUCCAUGGAAGAAUCGUCCAUAAACCACCAUUCGCUCUCGAACGUCUCGGGCCUCUAAUGCGCAAAACACAGUAUUUGGUUCGAGUAGAGAUUGGCUAUAGGGUCAUAUUUCUAGUCGAGUCCAUUGACGAUAAUGGCCGUCUCAUUUUUGUAGAGAUUGAUCGACACCUUUUGAGUCGUCCUCUGGAACCUGCGGUGUUGCCGGAAUGGCUUCAGGGCAUGUUUGUUCCCAAUGUUGGGAAGGAGUUGGAGUGGGCGUGUGUGGAAUGGGGAUACAAGUCACUUUUCAGGUGUAGCUCCUGGUCGAAGACAGGAACAUCUUGGUGGUAG